ACACACACGGCGCGCACUGUGAGAAAAAAGUAAAAGAAGUCAUCAUGGCUGUCAGUGAAGUUGAGGCGAGCAAUACUGUCAGGAAUGCUUUAAUUGAGAGCCUUACAGCAAUCCUUUCUCCUCAACAAGACGUUAGACAGCAAGGAGAGGAACAGCUUAAGCUCCUAGAAGUAACAGAGGAAUUUGGUGUAUUCCUCGCUGAACUUACCUUGGAUAAGAAUGGGGCUCUUGCCAUUCGUCAGUUGUCAUCACUCAUCCUGAAACAAUAUGUUGAGGCACACUGGUCUCAGCAUUCUGAGAAAUUUAGACCACCGGUGGCUACAGAUGCGGCAAAGGCACACAUCCGCAACCGCCUUCCUGCAGGACUGGGAGAGUCCAUCAGUAAGGUACGUUCCAGUGUUGCUUAUGCCAUCUCAGCUAUUGCUCACUGGGAUUGGCCUGAUGCCUGGCCAGACCUCUUCGGUCUUCUGAUGAUGAUGAUUACCAAAGGAGAUAGUAAUGAAGUCCAUGGAGCCAUGAGAGUUCUUACAGAAUUCACAAGAGAAGUGUCUGACACUCAGAUGGAGCAUGUAGCACCUGUCAUAUUACCUGAAAUGCAUCGCAUCUUUGUUCAAAGUGGCACAUAUACAAUAAGAACCAGGGCCAGGGCUGUUGAAAUCUUCAAUACAUGUGCAACUCUCAUCUAUAACAUUGCCUCCAUUGCUAAGGGAGCAGCUAAGAAGUUAUUGUAUCCAGUAUUGAAUGGGUUUAUGGAGGAAUUUGUCAAGGCUUUGACUGUCACUGAUAGCUCAGUGUCAGAUAGUGGUCUAAAGAAAGAAAUCAUAAAGGCACUGACAGUGAUAGUGAAGUGUUUCCCUGGUCAAAUUACCAAGUCUAUGCCAGCUGUACUUCAGGCUACAUGGAAGACUCUCACAGACAGUGCAGACAUCUAUGUCAGGACUGUCAUCAAUGAUACUGAAGAAGCUGAUGAUCCAGUUGAUUCAGAUGGUGAAGUGUUGGGCUUUGAGAACCUUGUAUUCAGUAUAUUUGACUUUGUAUCAGCUAUGAUAGAUUCACCCAAGUUCAGAGGGACUGUACGCAAAUUGUGUGAUGAUCUUCUAUACUAUGUGAUUCUUUACAUGCAGAUCACAGAAGAGCAGGUUUACCAGUGGACUGCUGAUCCCAAUCAGUUUGUUGAAGAUGAAGAUGAUGAUACUUUCUCAUACAGUGUAAGGAUUUCAGCCCAAGAUCUACUAUUGUCAUUAGGUAGUGAGUUUCCUCAAGAGACAUCACAUGGUUUAAUGGCAGCUUUAGACAGACAUCUACAAGAGGCUCAACAUGCUAAAACUCAAGGACACAAUCAUUGGUGGAAGGUGCAUGAAUCUUGUUUAUUAGGGUUAGGUUCUAUCAAAUCACUCAUUAUUGACAAAGUAGGUAAAGGAAAGCUGACCUUCAAUUUAACAGGAUUCCUUACAACAACAGUUCUAGAAGAUCUUCAACAAACUGUAUCACCCUUUUUAUUAGGCAGAGCAUUAUGGAUGGCGAGUAGAUAUUCACAAGCAAUGACACCAGAGUUAGUAGAAAGUUUUUUACAAUUCACUGUGACGGGUCUCCACGAACCCCACCCUCCUUCUGUUCGGAUAUCUGCUGUGCGUGCCAUCUAUGGCUUCUGUGAGCACCUAAAGGGUGCCAAUAGUACUACUAUACUGACCCCAUUCUUAUUACCCAUCAUGGAAGGUUUAGUUCAGCUUGCCACAUGCGCCCAGUUCGGCUCUGAUAUCCUCUCUCUUGUCUUGGAGACAGUUAGCAUUGUACUUACCAUAGAUGACAAUUUCACAGCACAGUGUGAGAGUCGGGUCACUCCUCUAGCAAAUGCAGUCUUCCUUAAAUAUAGUCAAGACCCCUUAUUAAUAUCCUUAGUGCAAGACAUCUACAAAGAGUUGUGUCGCAAUCCAGCAUGUUCGCAGCAGCUUCAAGAACGCUUAAUACCAACGCUCAUGAGUAUCUUCAAUGCCGCCUCUGACAAAGUUCCAAUGGGUAUUCAGUCAGCUGCUAUGGAUAUCUUAUGUACAAUAGUUCGGAGCUCUCCUGUUCCUCUCUCAGACCUUUUGAUGAAUCAAGGUUUCCCAGCUGUUGCUCAUUGUACACGCAGAUCAGAUGAUAGCGCUGUUAUGCAGAGUGGCGGUGAGUGCAUGAGGGGGUACAUCUCUGUAUCGUUGGAGCAGGUUCAAGCUUGGCAUGAUGAAGGUGGUAAUAGCGGAACCUACUAUGUCUGUGAAGUCAUUUCUAGAUUGCUUAGUCCUCAAACAUCGGAGUACACAGCCUCGUAUGUAGGUCGUCUGGUAGCCAUGUUGAUAUCCAAAACAGGGAACACGUUGGGAAACGACCAAGAUUUGAUACUUAGAGCUGUCCUUAGCAAGAUGCAGGUUACAGAGACAUUAAGUGUUAUGCAGUCAUUGAUCAUGGUCUUUGCCCACUUGAUGCAUACCAGACUACAUGAUGUUCUAGAAUUCUUAUUCACAGUUCCUGGACCAACGGGCAAACCAGCACUACAUUAUGUACUAACAGAUUGGGUUGCCAGGCAGAACAUGUUCUAUGGGGCCUAUGAUAGCAAAAUCAGUAUAAUGGCAUUAGCUAAGCUCUUAGACCAUGCAAUCAAUACUAAUGAUUCAAGACUACAUGGUAUCAUGGUUCGAGGAGAUCAAGUCUUCACACCGGGCGAGGGUAUCAGAACAAGGUCAAAAGCUGCUCAGAUGCCUGAGCAGUGGACUUCUAUACCAAUCCAUGUCAAAAUUUACAAGCUGUUGAUCAAUGAGUUAUCUAAUGCCAUGGAAACAACAACAUCGAGACAAGCAUCGGCAGGAGGAGAGGAUCUAGAGGAUGAUGGUUGGGAAGAUGAAGAAGAUGAUGAAGAGGAUGAUGAUGUGAUGAUCAAUGAACAUGGUCUAGCUGGACAGCUUUCAGAGUUUGCUGAUGCCUACCCAGGUUAUGAUUGUUUUGAUGAUGAUGAUCCAGAUGAUGAGGAUGAUCCUGAUGCAUUACAAGAUCCUCUUAAUCAAGUAGAUUUACAGACAUUCUUAACAGACUUCUUGGUAGAAUUCUCCAAGCACGAGUGUCAUCGAGACUUUGCUGUCCAUGUUAAUGAUGCAGAAAAACAUGUUCUAGGGAGCAUAGGGAUUGUUCUAGCAUGAGCCAGUCUAUCGAAAGACUGAAUUCAUUUAGAUACUGUUGAGCACCAUUCAUACUGCAGAAUAUCUGUUUUCAUGGCUGAUAUCUUUUUGAGUCAACAAGCGACAUCUUCAGACAAUGUCAAAGACGUAGUUGUGAUAAGUCUGUCAGAGAGUCUUAUAAAGAUGGUUUGGGGAUAGCUUUGGAUAAACUGACUUUAUUGAAUGUAAAGCUUGAUCUACAAGCACUGUCGGAGUCGGAUACAAGGAGAGCAUUUCAUGAAGUAAUUCAUCAGUGAUUUUUUACUUAGAACCGUUAUAGGCUACUGAAAUCAUUGCAUCUGAUUGAACCGAAAGGAUAUUUAUUAGUAAAUUUUAUAAGCACUCUGAAGUUUGUGCUAUCGCAAGGUUUGAAGGAUGUUAUCUGGUUUACUACCAAUUUGUCUAUGUAGCUAUUACCCUUUGACACCAAUUCACAAAUGUGACUUUGAAUCCAUGGUCUGACACCAUUUUAUGCAGAUUUCAUGCAUUGAUUACUCGGCAUAUGGCUAUCCAAUAAUGAAUGUGCUUUUUGUCUUGUUUAUUACUAAGGUAUGUGCAUUAUCGAACCAACUAUUCACAUAAGUUGAUUAACAUCAACAGUGGGCUUAUUAAUGCUGUAACCUUAUGAACAAGCGUAAAGUUAGCAUGUUCUAACAAACGCACGCUUUUGCUGGCCUUUUUUUUAAAUAAACACUGCAAUUAGUGUAAUUAAUGCAUGACAAAGUAUGUUUCAGAUUAUGAAUUCAAAACCACUUAUGUGAAAUUGGGCCAUUAGAUCUUCAGAUACUUUGGUCUAAUGCCAAUUGAUAGUCCAUUAAUCCAUGGUUUACUAAUAUUUGCUGUGGAAUACUUUUCAUUUAAAGUCUUGUUGGUAUUUUAUGUAAAUUUCCUAUGUUUGAAUUCAUGACCAUUUAGUCUUUUAGACAAUAUGGUAGAAGUCUAAUUUGGAUUAAAUCUGAGAUAAGACCAAGCAGGCAUUAUACCAAAUGUGAAUGGAUUUUUCCAAUUAACUUGCAAACAAUACAAUGGAUGAUUUCAAGUACGGCAAUGUUGGUGAUGUGACAACUCCAGCCACCACACUAUACUUGAACUGAUGCUAGUGAUUUAUUGACCUCAGUUGGUGAGCUCACUAACAGGCAAUUUUUACAGAAAAUGGGUGCAAAUCAGCAAAGCUUUAUUUAUUUUAAUGAGAAAUAUUUGUUCUGUGAAGUUCUUCAAGUGACUUUAGCCUUUGCAUUCUCUAUGAGGAGAUUUUACUGCAAGGUCUCCCAGAUUUCAAUCUCGUCACCAAGAUUUCUCGCGCAAAGUUAAGAUGAUCAGGAGCACACGUACCGCAGAAGCAUGAUGUCAUGAGCUAUCAAUAAUGUGAUCUGUAUCAUUCUUCUUAAUCCUUUGAGCUUGGUCAGCAUCCUUUUCAUGCUCUUAACACCAAGAACAAACACCAUACUUGAAGUCACCUGAUGGUUGUGGGUGAGGUGGGUUAAUUUAAAACAAUACAAAUUAUAAGCCAUGUCUGGAAGCCAAGUUGUCAUGAAUUAUAUUUUUGAAAAUUUAAAAGUUUAUUUAUAUCCUUCCCCUUAUUCUCUUUACUUCUUUAUUUCUCCCUUUCUCUUUCUCAGAUUCUUUCUUACAUACCGUCUCCAUGCUCUUUUUUCAUCUACUUUUCUAUAGAGCUUACAUUAUUUCAUUUCAAUUUAAAUUAUUAUGUUUUCCUGUAGGACUUGAGCUACAUGUGGUAGUCUUGCAAUAUUUUGGAAAAUAAAUACAUAAAUAGAUUGGGGAAAUAUAUAACACUGCAAAAAUAACCAGAAUAGCAAUCUUAAUAUUUAACUUUUGUAUUGUCACUUUAUUCAUUUUAGUGCUUUUGUAAUGAAUUUAACAUGUUCCACAAGGAAAUAGCAAGUGUGUGCAGUUGAUAGCAUCUUUCUUUUGCUUUGAAUAAGAUUUUCACAUAUUAAAAUCUCUCUAUAGAAACAGCUUUUCUCAAAGCAAAUAAUCAGAAGAUGUUUACAUUAAUAUUCAGAAUACUUGAUUUCAAUUUUCAAAGUAUAAGAAAUAUUUGUGAAUGUAAAUGUAAUAUUUGCAAUAUAAUUGCAAUUUUCAUUGAGAUUUAAAAAUCACAAACAUUGUAUAUUCAACCCACCUUCAUCAGUGGUUUAUGUUGAACAAUUUCAUGUAAUAUAUGUAAGAAGUGCUCAGUGACUGCCUGUGUAAACUGAACUGUUUGCUGAUCAAUCAAGUUACCAGUAAAAAGAUUGUUUGUUGGCGACUAAAUGUCUUUCCUGCCUCAAGUGUUUUAUUGGCUCUCAUCUGAGAUGACAAUGUGAAAGUCAAUGUGCCUCAUGUGUUAGUGUGUGUCUAGUCUGAAAGAAAUAGUGGUUGUCUAGUUGAAUUUCUUGCUAUGUCAGGUAUUAGUUGCUGUUUUGGUUCAUACCUUUUAAAUCACAGGGUACUAUAGUAUGCGGUAUCAAGUUUUGCAUCUGGCAAAAAUAUUUUGAAAAGAUUAUAUUCCUUCGGAAUGAAGAUCAUCCAUGCAAAUAAGUGUUUCAAUUUGAAGUUCAGGCAAAACCUACAAAUUAAAAAAAAAAUUGGGUUUUAAGUGUUGAAUUUUAACUACUAAACUUGACAUAUAUUUUAUGUGCACUGCUGAAAUUGAGGUCAAACCGAAUCAUUCAAUAACUGUUGCAAUAUAAAAAUCAUUCAUUAAAAACCACUUUACCUGGAAGCAGAAUGUCAAUAACCAAGGUAAGAAUAUCAUAUGAUAAGAAAUUGCCUGCAAUGUUUGUCUGAAAAAAUGCCACUCAAAAGCAAAGGCUAAUAUUCUGGAAAUUCUGUUCUGAUUUUGAUUGUUGCAUCUGUAAUUUUCACAUAGAAAUGCAAAAAAAAUAUAUCUCCAUGAAACAGAAUGCAAUGUGCAAAUUAAUAUGAUGCCAGCAUUUGCACACCAUUUAUUUAGAAUUAUUUUAAUUUCAAGAUUGAUAAUAUAUUAUUCACAGAAUACCUGCCCUGUUUACUUGUUUGCUUUGGGUAAGCUAAAAACUUAGAUUAUUAUUUUUAUUCACAUUAGAUAGUAAUGUCCAGAAUACAAUUGAUUUGUUUUGUUGUAUACAUGUAGAGUUUUUGAUACAUCAAGAAUAAGGGUUUACCAAAUCUUAUUUAGAAUAGAAAAUUGUAAUUAUUCAAGGAGUCAGUCAUAUUUAUUCUUAUCUUGUCUUUAUAUGCACUUAAAGAUGUUAUAUCAGAAUUAUUGCAUUGAUUUGAGACCAACAUUUUUCAAAUUCUGUUGCCACUUAACGACCAAUUCUUGAAGUUUUCUUCCACAUUAUGUCAAUAUGAAGAAAUUUCUGUAUCCUUGUUAUAUUUGUAAACUAUUUGUAUUUAUUACAACAGGUGCUGUGUUGACUCAGUACAGAUGAUAACCUUUUAUCUUAUUUUUGUUACGAUAAAAAUUUAUCAGAUUAUAUUGUUUUAGGUAUUGAUAAAGAAGACAAGUGAGCUGUCUUUGGAUCAAUGUGCUUAUAGUGCUAAUUAAUCCUUAUAUUUCAUAUAAUUUUAGUUUUUGAACAUUAUUUCAGAAUUUUCCCCUUUUUUUCUUCAAAUAUAUGAUAUCACUCAGAUAUCAAUUAAAACAAUUGUUAAUGUUCACUUAAAUUCUACUUGCAUAUAUUUUCCGCGUUCAUCAGAACCAUUUUGUUCAAAAACUUGAUUUUGAGAUUUUUGCAGAAAAUGAAAGUACAAGCCCUAUUACAUAAUCAAAAUUUCUAGUUAGCAAUUUAUUUUAGUUUCCAAGAUAUUUAGGGAUUUUCUCAGCAAUGCCAUACUAACUUGAUAAAAUAUGCAAAUCCCAUUGUAAAUGUGCACUGUAGCAAAGCAAAAAACAGCUGCAGGCAUUUAAUGUGCGAAUGCACAGCCAGCCAAACUGUAUCUGCACUGCAUUGACUUUGCACAUGAAAGAGCGAUACGUUUUGCAUGCACUGAAAUCACGGUCAGGGUUGUUGUAUCCCCUAUGGCGUUUUUGUACAGGGAAAAUCUAAACCACUCAAACCAAAAUUUCAAGCAUUCAGCUAUUUUGCGAUAUCUUCUCUGAUACCUAUGUCAAGCAAUUGUCUUGGUCUUUCUAACCAUGUGUUUUUUUCUAAACAGUCGCAUAAAGUCCUAACCUUUAUUUAAAGUUGUAUAAGCUAGAAAUGCUUGUGCACAGGUCAAACAUAAUGGAACAUUCUUAACCGUAUAAAAUUAAUCCAUUUAUUUUUUUUAUAUUUCAGUGGGAAGUGUAUUUUGGUGGCUGGGGGACAAAUCUUCAAGCCGAGUGUUCUGCAAAGUGAAGAAUAAAAAGCAUGGCCGCCAUAUCACUAUUCAUUAGAAUGGUCUUCCCUUUGAUACUGUGUAGUCGCUUCUGGGUUGUUGCCUCUUUUUCUUCAAGAUAAACUAAAUAAAUGAUGAUUCGGUUAGGACAUCACUUCAUAGGUCAUUGUUGAUCUGAAUACAUAGUGACAAACAAGCCCAACACUGAAUAAUUGAUUGAAGUCACUCUACAUUAAGACAGUUGUGGCAUUUUAAUUUUUGCUCAUUUUCACAACAGUUAGGAAAUAAGGAAACAAUGAUAUCCCAUACUCUCAAUUUAUUUUAUUCUAUUAUAUGACAUACAAAAUAUGCAAUUUUUACUGUUUUUAUAAUAAAGAGGAUUCUCAACAUAUCACAGUAAUGAAUUUAUUAUGAUUUAUGAUUCUUUAGAGAUGAAACAGUUUUACAUAAAUGGCAUUAAAUUAACAUACCCAUGCAUACAAGAGAAAUAGAGAUUGAGAGAUGCCAUCAGAUUAAUACUGCCUGUGAUUGGCAAAUAGGAAAAACAGUGAUUUCAUUUUUAUCUCCAUUUUAGAUUGAAAUUAUAGCUUCAUACUAUGAUCGCUUGAUUUCCCUCUAUUUCAUUAAAAAAACACUUUUGGUUAGGGUGGGAGUGGCCUUUGAAUAAAACAAGUGAUUUCCCUGUAAUCUAUGAUACAAGAUCUUUACAUCACAUUACCAAUUCUUAUUAUCGUCUAUGAUUUUAUUAAGAUUGCAUCAAGAGUAUGGUGCUAAUUUAUCAAGAAAACCUAUGAAAUCAUCACCUAGUCAAUUAGAUAUGUAUCAAUUUCACCUCUCAGUAUACUUUUCAUGAAAGAAGAUAUAUUAGAAUUAGUUGAAAAUUGGUUUUGAACCAAGUUAAAUUACUUGCAUUUUUUCUGAGAUUGUCAAAUGCCCUAUCCUCUUAUGUAUUGCUUGUAGUAAUAACACAUUUCUCCAUUUCAUAAAUUCAAAAUAAAUGCUAUAAUAUUCUGACAUUUGAGUAUGAUAUGUAUUUAAUUACUUUGAAUCUGCAUUGAUAAGAAAAUAUCUUUUUCAUUGGAAAGGAGUAUUUUGUGUAACAUUUUAUUUAUAUUUCUUGCAAUAUAUUUCCUUUGGACCAAGAACUGAUAAAUAUCUUCCACUUUUCGCAACAAGGAAUUCAAUACAACAAUAAGUAUUUCUUUCAUGCUUUUACAAGUUUUUAUGCACUACAACAAUGCACAGUUAUUCCGAGGCAUUUGUAGAUUUCAUCAUCUUCCCUGCCUUUAAAAUGAGUUGGUUUGACCUGAACUAUGGAAUACCAUAAACAUUUAAAAAAUCAAAAGGGUAAAUCAAUUUUUGCUGAAAGAGGGGAAGAGGAGCAAUAUCGAUUAUCAAAAUCAAUUUAAAAAUGAAUUGUUCCAAAGUGUCAGUUUACUUCCGAUGACAAAAUGGCAGGUUUUGGGAGCAUAUCUUUAUACAAUUCAACAAAAUUAUCAGAAUUGUUUAAUCGAGGUACAUUUUGUUAGGCUCAAUGUACAUUGAGUUCACAAAGAGACCUUGCAUUUUGAAAAGAAAUUGAGAAAUUCUGUAAAUUGAAAAAAAAAAACACACCCUAAAACUUGCCUUUCUGAAAGGAUACAUGUGCAUUUUGAUACUUAUUUUUCUUGCCCUUUGCGUCAUUUCAGUGAGCUUGAUUAGACUGCAUGAAUUUUUUAUAUUUCUUUUAAAGAUUAAUUCCAUUUGAAGUAUUCACAGAACUCAACUAAUUCAAGAAAUUUACCAGAAUGUGUUAGUAAACAUGUACCAAAUGAUUCUGAUAGAAAUGAGUAAUUGCUCAGAAAUGGCAGAAAAAGCAAGACACUGUUAUUAGACAGGAAUUUUCUCCAUUAUUUAACAUGCCCUUGUUUACUUUUUAUACAGUAUCAGUGAUAGUUUUUUAUUUCACUAUAAUAACAAGUUGCCUUCAUUUCAAAAUUUUCUAUCAAAAAUGAUUACUCAUUGCAGCUAUCCAGGUUUGGCUUUAAAUCUAAUAGCAAAAUGAUCUUGAAGAGAUGACAUACUUGUGUUUCCAUCAUUUUUCGGGGAGGGAAGGGGGGGGGCUUCAUUUUUAAAAGUCAAUGUGUACACCUUCAAGAAACUAAAUUGCAUUAGUGAAUUUCCAGUUGAGAUUUAAUGGAAUCAAGCUCCAGAAUGUAGACAAGGUCUAGAAUUCAUAUUCGAUCCAAUUGGUACCCCCCCAAAAAAAAUGAAAGUGGACACUGUCAUGUCUGUAUUGAUAUAUAGGUGUAUGUCACAAAGUUUUAAUUUCUCAAGAAAUUGAUGUCACUGAAUGUUAAUGAAACUGUUAUAAAACAUUGUACCAGCAACUAUUCAAGAAGAAAUAUAUUUGAUUGACCACCUCUUCCCAUGGUAUGCAAGUGGUCUUCAUAAAAGGUGGAUUGCAAGUACAUGUCUGGGAAUUUUUGCAGGAAUAUCUGAAAUAUUAAAAUACUUUUGUAUAAUUGAUUGGGUCACAUUUAUCAAUUCUGUAUUGCU